AUGAGUGCUUCGUUCGUUUGGAGGUCUCUCGCUGUAGUGGGAAUGAUCGCCUUGCUUCAUUCCUUGCUUUCGGCAGCUCAUAUACAAUCCGCUCAAGAAGGAUCAUUACCAUUUGAUAUUAUUGCGGAAUGUUUGUUCGGAGCCUUGUUGAGCAGUUUUGCUUUUGUGAAAUUGAAUACUAUCGUUCAAUAUGAUAGCGAUGGAAUUACCGUGACUAAAUCGAGUCCUCAGCCAGGAUUAAUAGUUGAUGGAUGGAAAAAUAUUGAUGCCUCUAAAGCAAUAGCUUCUUCUAAAAUUACUGUGGAAAGUAUUAACAAUCGAUCCAAUUUCGCACAUUUUAAUCAUAGAGCCAAGUUUUUAUAUAACGAUACAGCAUCCGCCAGUAAUUAA